UUCGCUGGCCAGGAAUCCUCAGAACGAGAAAGGGAAUCAAUCCUUGGCCAGGAAUCAGUCGGCCCCAAAGACGAACCAUACUUGACAAGGCCUUCCUGACAUCUGAAACACGAUGGGAACGAAGAAGUAAAGCCACUCUCUUUCAAAGGAAACUGGCUGCCUUACGUCGAACAGUUAGUUUGCUGCGUGCUACCCGACGCACAUAUCAUGGACCAUCUUCCCGGGGGCAAAUUGCCAGUGGCGCGUACAAGCUUAGACCCUCCCCCCGCAAACAUGGCCACCGCAUCGACGUGACACUCUAUUGUCGUCUUCUCGGUCGGCUGAUCUGAUCACCAGGUUUGCCUUAGCCCCACAUUCGUCACAUGACAUGUCUCAGAGUUGCAGUCAGUCGAACGAAGAAGACAUCUCCCACCUGAGAUGAGGGCCUUUCUGUACCAAUUGAGCGCAACCGGCACGUGGCGUUCCAAGGACGACUCCGACAUGGCCGCCACGCCCUUGUCUGACGUGGCCACUGAGGUGUCCUUCCCUCUGUUCCCCGUACCGCACCACCGAACCCCGAACCACUUGCCUCGGACAGCCGUUUAUUGUUCCGGACCAAAACCACCAGUAAGAUGACAAUAAUUAGAAGGCAAAACCCCGCACCACGCUUAUAAUGACGAUGAUGAUGACGACGACGAUAAAGAACCGUCCGCUCGCUGCAGAGGCGGGAGGAGGCAUCGAGUACCCACAUCGAUUUCCCCUUCCUCCUCAAGCCAGCAUCGAUUACUACCAUCUUCUGGGACACGAGACCCUCGCCGGCAACCAACCCACCGCAGAAUAGAAAAGAGAGGGAGGCUUCUCCCCCACGUCUUCGCUCUUUACGGUUUCCGCCAUUAAAGUGCUCACGCCCUUCCCCACGAGAAAGCCAGCAGGCCAACGUAGAAAGGGUGUACCGUGAACCCUCCGUCUUCUCUAUUAAAACCCCCUCUUUUCCCCUUUGCAGCUCAAGGAAAGAAAGGAAAGGAGCGGUCGAAAGGAGGGGAGCCAAGGAAAGCAGAGCAGACUUUGUACAGAGCCGAUGCGGUGAUGGUUGUGACGAUGGCGUUGCGGUGCUGCUUCUUGGGGGGUCUCUUACUUCUGCUACUGCUGCUGGCGUCGUCGAAGGGCGUGGUGGGGAUAUUGGACCCGGUGGACUUCCUGGCGCUGCAGGCUGUGCGGAAGCGACUGGAGGACAUGCCCGGGUCCGACUUCUUCUCCGCGUGGGACUUCACCGACGACCCUUGCGGUUUCCCGGGCGUCUUCUGCGCCGGGGACCGCGUGGUGGCGCUCGCCCUGGGUGACCCCCGCGCGGGCUCCCCGGGCUUGCAAGGCCGCCUCGACCCCGCCCUCGGCCGCCUCUCCGCACUCGCCGAGCUGUCCCUCGUCCCCGGCCGCGUCACCGGCCCUAUCCCCGACGCCCUUGCCCGCUGCAGCGGCCUGCGAUUCCUCGCCCUCAGCAAGAACCUCCUCUCCGGCCCCCUCCCCGCCGGCUUCGGCUCCCUCCGCCGUAUCCGCACCCUCGACCUCAGCUACAACCAGCUCUCCGGACCUGUUCCCCCCGCCCUGACCGCCGCUUCCGCACUCUCCAACCUCAUCCUCUGCCACAACCAGCUCUCCGGCCCAAUCCCGCGCUUCCCGCGCUCCGCCGCCCUCCUCCGCCUCGACCUCAAGCACAACCAGCUCUCCGGCCCCAUCCCGCCGCUGCCGUCUUCCCUGCAGUACCUCGCCCUCGGCUCCAACGCGCUCACCGGCAGCGUGGACGCCGUGCUCCCCCGCCUCACCCGCCUCAACUUCCUGGACCUCAGCUCCAACCUGCUCGAGGGCCCCAUCCCCGGAUGCGUGUUCCGACUCCGGCUCGAGGCUCUCCAACUCCAGCGCAACGCCUUCUCCGGGCGAGUGGUGCCCCAGGGAGACGUGGUCAUCCCGGUGGUAGACCUGAGCUACAACCGGUUGUGGGGAUCCGUUCCGCCGCAGCUGGCCGGCGUGGACCGCCUGUACCUCAACAACAACCGGUUCACCGGGGAGGUUCCGAGCCGCCUGGUGCAGCGGCUCAGCAACGGGAUGCAACUGCUCUACCUCCAGCACAACUUCCUGACAGGGAUCGAGUUCGGCCCUGCUGCAGCUGUCAUCCCCGUUGGCGCGGCCCUCUGCCUGCAGUACAAUUGCAUGGUUCCGCCCUUCGACACGCCCUGCCCGCUCAAGGCCGGCACGCAGAAGAUGCGCCCCGUCGACCAGUGCCCCAACUGGAGAAGCUAAUCCGCCCCUUCGUGACCACCAUCACCGCCUGUUCCAAGCAACCACGAUCGAGUCAGCCGAAGACUUACAGAGAAUUACUACGAUAAAAAAAAGUAGCUUAUUAACAUACGGUAAUAAUAAAAUUCUUUUAUUAAUUUUGGGUUGUGGAAGAAGAGCACGAACAAUUAUAUAUAUAUAUAUAUGGGGAUUUAAGGACGGUAAUGUCAUGUUGUUCUCCUUAAUUAUGCUUUAUUGUAAGAUAAUGUAAGUUGCUGUGUAGAGAGAUUACGAGCUUUGGCCGUGUA